GAACCUUCAUUUGCAUGAAUGCAUAUGUUCAUUUUGAUUGUGGAAAAUAGUAAAUCCCUGUUUCUCAGUUAUUUAUGACCUUUGCAUUGAAUGGCAGACCUUCAGUGAGGAAGCUCCAGAUUUUAUUCAUGGAAAACAGACUAUUGAGGCUCCUAAAACAAGCAUCAGUGAAACACAGCCUGAGAGCCGUGCAGACUACCGAUGAAUUUUUUAGACCUCAAUAUCUGAAUUUUUAAAGCACACUGCAUUUUUGAUGAUUAUUGCAUAAAAAAGGUACAGCCCUUCAUUUACAGAAGCAAUAGAAUUAGAUUGCAUAUGUGACUUUUGUGCAUCAACUACAGUGCAACGGCCCUCACAGUUUGAACCUUUAUGUCAGUGUUUGGUUGUUGACGUUGAUACAUUUGACCCAUGAACCCCUGGAACGGUUUCUCGGGAUAAGGGUUAAACUGGGACUAGAGGACGCAGUGUCUUGUUACACCUGCUCGUAUUAUACAACCCCGAGCCUGCGAUCCUUGACUUCACUGUUAAUAUUUAAUGAGCUCUGCUAGUCACUCUUUUUGGCCUGCUUUCGUAUGGGCAAGACCAAGAAGGGAGGGGUUGGAGAAGAGGCAGGUGUUCGGCAUCUUCUGUCACUGUCUGUGAGGGAGCUGAGGAGAACGCCGGAGUUUCCAUUAUUGAUGUAUGCCAACAUAACAUUCACAAUGCCGAUACAUUGACCCGAAGACACCCGGAUUUGCCCCAUUUCUCUCCUUGUGCCUCGUUUCUGGAUGCUCUUAGCCCAAACCGCAUGAAGGAUUGUACCCAGACCGUCCAAACCAAAGUCCCUCCUCUUCUUUCUCUCUGUUCCGUCUAUGGCUCAGCAUCUCUCCUCCCCUCCAGCACACCUAGACCAUCUCAGUCCAGCACAGGAGAGGAUGUGCACCAGCGUCUAGUGGAUAUCCUGCUCUUUUUUUCUGCAAGAGCAGAAGUGAGAGAAGACAAGUGUUUGAGGGUCAGAAGAGCAAGGGAAGGAGAAAUGCCACUGGGGGGGUUUGCGGGUCUAAAGGAGAAGCUCAAACCGGGGAAGGAGGAGUUGAAGAACAGUGUGGGCGACUCUCUGGGGAACCUGCAGAAGAAGAUCGAUGGUUCUAAUGCGGCUGAAGAGGACAACAUUGAGCUGACAGAAGAUGGUCGGCCAGUGGCGGCCCCUAAACACAGCCCACCCUUUUUUGAUUGUGGCUGCUUUGGCCUCCCCAAACGUUACAUCAUCGCCAUCCUCAGCGGACUUGGCUUUUGCAUCUCGUUUGGCAUCCGCUGCAACCUCGGUGUAGCCAUUGUAGAAAUGGUUAACAACAACACUGUCUACAUCAACGGGACUGCCGUCAUGCAGCCAGCUCAGUUUAAUUGGGAUCCAGAGACAGUGGGAUUGAUACACGGCUCUUUUUUCUGGGGCUACAUUGUCACUCAAAUCCCUGGAGGUUUCAUCUCCAAUAAGCUAGCAGCUAACAGGGUGUUUGGAGCAGCCAUUUUCUUGACGUCAGUGCUAAACAUGUUUAUUCCAUCAGCUGCCAGGGCCCACUAUGGCUGUGUCAUGUUUGUGCGAAUCUUACAAGGACUGGUGGAGGGUGUCACAUAUCCAGCCUGCCAUGGGAUGUGGAGCAAAUGGGCUCCUCCACUGGAAAGAAGUCGUCUGGCUACUAUCUCAUUCUGUGGAUCGUAUGCAGGAGCUGUGAUAGCCAUGCCACUGGCUGGAGUAUUAGUGCAGUAUGUAGGCUGGCCCUCUGUCUUCUAUAUAUAUGGUGUGUUUGGCAUAAUAUGGUAUAGUUUCUGGCUCUUGCUGGCUUAUGACAGUCCAGCAAUCCAUCCCACUAUCAGUGAGGAAGAAAGGACAUACAUAGAGACCUCUAUUGGGGAAGGAGCCAAUUUAAUGAGUUCUACUGAGGUAGUCCAAAGUCUUCUUUCAUGCAUUUGGUAUAAUAAACUUCAGCCAGCUUACUUUGAAGAGGUCUUUGGGUUCCCCAUCAGCAAGGUGGGCAUUCUGUCAGCGGUGCCACACUUGGUGAUGACGAUCAUUGUGCCGAUAGGAGGCCAGCUGGCUGACUUCCUGAGGAGUCGGAAAAUCCUCUCUACUACAACCGUGCGCAAAAUUAUGAACUGUGGAGGUUUUGGCAUGGAGGCCACGUUGCUCCUGGUGGUUGGGUUCUCACACACACGUGCAGUGGCCAUCUCAUUCCUCAUCCUGGCGGUAGGCUUCAGUGGAUUUGCGAUAUCAGGAUUCAAUGUAAACCAUCUGGACAUAGCUCCUCGCUAUGCCAGCAUUCUUAUGGGCAUCUCUAAUGGAGUAGGUACCCUGUCUGGAAUGGUGUGCCCCCUCAUUGUCGGAGCACUUACCAAACACAAGACUCGCCUGGAGUGGCAGCAUGUCUUUGUGAUUGCUUCCAUGGUGCAUUACACUGGCGUGAUCUUCUAUGCCAUCUUUGCCUCUGGUGAGAAGCAGGACUGGGCCGAUCCUGAGAGCACCAGUGACGAGAAAUGCGGCAUUAUCAGGGAAGAUGAGCUGGCUGAUGAGACAGAGCACAACAGCGACAGUGCCCUGGCCACCAAGCAGAAGACCUAUGGAACCACAGAAAGCUCUGCAGGCCGCAAGCAAGGCUGGAAGAAGAAGAGAGGCAUGACCAUGCAAGCAGAUGAAGAUCACGGAUCAAAUCAUUCUGAAAAUGGGGAAUAUCAGAAUCAGUAUCAAUGA